CGCACCACUUGCCACGGCCUCUGGGUCCGGGGCUCGCAGCCCCACGCUGCUGAGAGCCGGGGCACCCGGGAUUCGCGUCCUUGGGUGCCGCCCCCAGCCGAGGCGCGGAAGUGGGACGCCCUGGCCUCGGGACCACUGUCCUCGCUUUCCCUGCAUUGUCGCGAACGCGGUCCGCGGCGGCCGGCGCGAUGAGUGCCAACGAGGACCAGGAGAUGGAACUGGAAGCAUUACGGUCUAUUUAUGAAGGAGAUGAAAGUUUCCGAGAAUUAAGUCCAGUUUCUUUUCAAUAUAGGAUAGGUGAAAAUGGUGACCCCAAAGCCUUCCUAAUAGAGAUUUCCUGGACAGAAACAUAUCCCCAAACACCUCCAAUUAUAUCUAUGAAUGCCUUUUUUAACAACACCAUAUCAUCAGCUGUAAAGCAGAGUAUAUUAGCCAAGUUACAGGAAGCGGUGGAAGUCAACCUUGGAACGGCGAUGACCUACACGUUAUUUGAAUAUGCCAAGGACAAUAAAGAGCAGUUCAUGGAGAAUCACCAUCCCGUUAAUCUUGCAACAUCAACAAGCAAUACAAUCUCAGUUGAAACUCCUAAUACAAACUCAUCAAGUAAGAAAAAAGACAAAAAAGAACAACUUUCAAAAGCCCAGAAACGUAAGCUGGCAGAUAAAACAGAUCACAAAGGUGAACUUCCUCGGGGUUGGAACUGGGUUGAUGUUGUCAAGCAUUUAAGCAAAACUGGCUCUAAAGAUGAUGAAUAGUGCUUGGAAUUUGAGACAAGGAAAGAAGAUUCUUCACCAAGUAAACUGGGCUCAUAAUCUUUCAUUACUAUUUUAUGGUAUCAAGGUGGCUUUUUAUAAAACAAUUUUUUGUAUGUUUCCUACAUUUAAAAUGUUGUAAGCUGAAAGUUCAUGAAGAGAGCUGGUUGUAUUAAAUUAUUUUCACAAACUUGCCUUAAUAAAAGGUGAAAAUGUUACUGUUUAAUAUACUUUAAAAAGCCUGUCAAGCUUUAUAAAUGGACAAAUAUGGUGAAAAAUAACCAGUGUUAAUUUAUGUGAUCUUAUUCUAGUGGAUGUGGUAUUUUUUAAAGGAAUAUGAAGCCCUUUCAAACUGUCAUCCAAUGGAGUAGAACGUUGACUGAACAGUUACUCCCGAGCAUGAUCCAUUUUAAUAGCCCUCUAAAUAAAGUCUUCAUGUCUUCUUUUGCUUA